AUGGACGAGGCCUUUACCCAAGAACUCGAAAACGACUUUGCCAGACUGCUCCUCGGUGGCCCCGAUGCUGUUGACGCCCAGGCGAUUGUGCCGCGCACUGCAGCUCCCGAGUCUUCGGAGCCGCCCGCACGAGUCCGCUUCCCGGCCCGAUCUUCCGUGUCCGCCCACCUCUUGUCCUCGACCACCAUCUCCGCUGCGCCCGUCGCCCCGCCUCCCCCUCCCGCCCACCAAAAGCACGUUCGGCAAUUCCCGAAAACCCCAUUUAUUGCGCCGGCCCAGAGAUCCACCUCCCCUUUGCGCCGCGCGAGCGCAGCGAGCGCUUAA